AGAGAAUCUGUGGAAACACUACUCCGAGAGCAUGCCUUCCGUCACUCGCCAUUCCGGGCACUAAUUGGCGCCGACUUAUCCCCACACGAUCACCAGGCACUGGCCAACGCUGCAGCAUUGGGACGGAUUCCGUGUGGAAACGAUUUCUUACUGAUGGCCAGUCAGGCGGCACUGUCAGCCUCACAGUCGUGGAAACUGCCGCAUAAUACCGGCCCUCAACCCGUCUUUCCCAACACAUCCAUCAAUAAUCUCAAUUUGGCUGAACUCUCAUCGAUGAUGGCCUCCAACCCUGCGAUGGCCAGCCUUUACUUCAGUAAUAUUCCCCGCAAUUUCAUGAGUCCGUCGUUUCCGGUUCUGUCGACACCUCCCACCUCUUCGGCGCCGCCGUCGCAAUCACCUCAACAACACCCGGCGCUAAACAGUCCGCCCGGUAAUGGACCUCAAACACAGCCCAAUAUGAGUGGCAUCGGAUCUCCGUAUAUACCCACGAGUAUGGCUCAAAUGUCACCGUUAGGGCCGGGGUUUCCCACUUCGAUGGCCAACUCGGCGGCCACGGCUUCGGCGCUUUACGCCUCACGACUACAACUCAACCAUUUGUACCAAAACCUCAAAUUUCAUCCAUAUUUGCAAACCAAUAGAUUUAUGCCACAAAUGGUGCCCAAUAGUAACGGUAUGUUGAGUACCGGUGCCGGCAGUGGCGGUGGUGUUAUGCCCAAUGGUAAGCUCGAGCCCCUUGACCUCAAUUCUCGAGACUCUCCUAACGGCUCAGUUCCUUCACAAAUGUAA